CUGUUAAGCCCCCCUCACGUGCCUCACACAUGAGGGUAAUUUCGUCAUUUCAUAUGUCAGGGACCAUUUUUGCAUAAACGUUUUUUUUGGAUUGAUUGACAUUUACCCCUCAUUUACUUUCCCCAACACUCGUCAACUCCCCAACUCCCUCCUUCUUGCUUCUGCUCCAUUGAACCUGCAAAAAACCCUCGUUGCUUAUCCAAACAAGAUAAUCGACACUACACAUAUAAGGGCAUACGUUUAAUACGAAAUGGUGUUCGUAAUGUGGCAUAUCAGACCAAAACGCGAAGUUGUUGAUGUAUCAACUGUAUAUGCUGGUGCACCCACAUGGUUUAGUAUUAAGCUUCAUCACGGUGGGAAAUUUACUAAAUUACCUGAUAUAAAGUACAUUGGAGGUGAAGUGCGUUAUGUUGAUUAUCUGGACAUUGAUGAGUUUUCUGUGCAUGAACUUGAUGCCAUAAUGCUUGACCUAGGUUACCCAGACCCACGAAAUUCUGAAUUCGCUGAUGAAUCCCCAGUUAUAUACUACCAUUUUAGGAUACCCAAUGGUGACUUUCAAUUUGGUCUUAGAGCUUUAGGGAAUGAUCAGGAUGUGAUCAACCUUUCUAAAUACAUUGCACAUAACAAGCUGAUUGAGGUGUACACAGAGCAUGGAAAGACAAAUUUAUUGACUUACUUCAUGUCACCAAAUGCAAAGGGUAAAGUUGUCAUUGAGGAAUUACCAGAAAAUGAUGAUCAAGGGGCUGAAGUUGAGGGUCAAGUUCAUGCAGAUUCUCCAAUGAAAAAUGUGAACCAUGGUAAUGGUGAGCCUAUUGGUGAGUUCAUGUCUCUGAUUCUUUUUGGGAGUAAGAAUGAUAGUUUCUCACCAGAGUAUAGAAGGGGUAGGGUUGGGAAUUCCAAAAUAGGUGAAAGUUCUUGUAGCAAAAGGCUUAAUUUAGAUUAUAUUGAUGAGGUUGUUCACAUUUCAAAGGAAAAGAAUGAUGAUCUGGAUGGUUCAACUAAUGUUCAGGAGGCAGCAACUUGUGUUCAUAUUGAUGAGAUGGAUGGUGUUAGGGAGGCUGCAAAUGUUGUUCAAGAGGCAUCAACUUUUGAUGAAGAAGGCUACAACACCCCCCUGUUAAUAAUGCUGAUGAACAAUUGA